CAAGAGGUAGUUCUCAACAUAGAUAUUACCUUGAUACACGGCAGUGGUACAAUUUCAUAGGUCAGAUUUAGUACGGCACUGAUCUUCUACAACAAGCUUCGAGAUGCAAUGAAACGUUGUGGAAGAUUGGAUGAGCAGUUGGAAGCCAUCGCUAUGAUUUCGAAGUCGUGGAAGCUGCAUUCUAUGUCCGGGGACAGACAGCAUUACUUCCAACUUUCAGACAUGCUACGGCGAUUUGCUGAUUAUAAGUGCUCGGAUCCUCGCGACUGCAGACAUGCCUUGCACAACAUGGCCACCGAUCUAGAACGCUCGAAGAGCAUCGCAGGCCCAAACUACAUGCUGCCGCGCAUACCAUUUGCAGUCGAUUAUUCCCUCAAUAUGAAAGACACUUACCAUGCGUUCGCCUUUGCUUGCGUUAGGGCGGGUCGGAUCAAACAACUAUUGCAGGCAGUUGCCGAGCAUGCUAGUUCUGAUGUUUCUCCCGACCGGACAUCUUGGGUUCGGGUCCAAAUCCUUAUCACCCAUAAUGCACUCACAGAUCGACAGGUUCCUGAUUGCCAACUGAUGCCGAUGCCCAGAAAGUCGUGGUCGCCGGAACGUGGAUGUUGAGGUCUCGAGGGAAGAUCAUUGAGAGUUGUCAGCCAUGUCCAACACGACUAACACAGAAUGCUUCUGGCGUCGGGAUUCUGCUGUGCGAGCAUGUCGCACAAACCCACCGAAGGGCUGUUCGUGCGCAUCGAUGGUGUCGGAUCCAUUGUGGCCAUCGCUGACAACCUCGAUAGUUUCUUUCGUGCACUCAUGAAGCUUUACUAUGAAGUGAGCC